AUGCCAACAACAAGAAGCCAAAGAACAGCCAUGGAAGCUCAAUCAAACGAAGAAAACACCGCCGCCGUCACGUCGCCUGUCGCCGCCACGCCGACCGUCGCCGCCACUACGUCGCCUGCUGCCGCCACUACGUCGACCACCACGACGUACACGUCCUCGGAACCUACUGCUACCACGGAGACUUCCGCGGAGACUUCUGCGGAGACUACCACAACAAUUCCAAGGGCGCCGCGCACCACAGCUUCAAAAAAGAAGAAAGAAUUGGCUAAAGCCCGAGAAGAAUUGCUACGCAAGGAGGUAGAACUGGCCGCCGCACGCGUCGCAGCAUUGGAGGCAGACACGGACGACGAAGAGGAAGACGAAAAUGAAGAGGACGCCGCCACAUUAAGAAGAGAGAGGACUACGGACUGGAUUCGCCGGACGAGCACAUUGGCACUCACAAUGGAGCCACACACAGAGACCGCCGACUUGCAUCAGGGGAUUAAUAUCUCAUCGAUACCCGCCGGAGAGGGAACGAAAGCGCCGCAGCCGCAGCCGUGCAGCGACGCAUUCCGACGGGACCAUGCAAGCCACAACGGUCCGAGGGAAGACUCCAUAGCACCAAUGAUGCCAACGAAGAAAGAAGAGGAUUCACUGAAGGGGGGCAUCGACUAUAAGGAAUUGGCGACUGCAAUGACUAUGGCAGCUCGCGCAAUUCAGCCCUCCACGGUGCCGCGAGUCACAGACCUACCACCCUUCAACGGCGCGUCAAGCGAAUGGCUGCCCUGGAAGAUGGCCUAUGAAGAGUCUGCGGGGCAGCUGACCGAGCAAGAAAACUUGGGUAGAUUACGUCGGUGUUUAAAGGGUGCGGCCAAAGAGGCUGCACACUGUCUUUUCGUCGGGGAUACGUCUGCAGCAGAAGUAAUACAAUUACUUGCUACGAGGUUCGGCCGUCCAGGAGCACUCGUGAUGGCCGAGAUGAAUAAACUUCGUGCGCUGCCGCGGCUGUCAGACAACCCCAAGGACAUCUGUCUAUUCGCGUCCAGAAUAGCCAAUGUCACUGCAACAAUUCAAGCCCUGAAGAAGAACCACUAUUUGUACAACGAAGAAGUGACAAGAUCCAUCACGGAGAAGAUGCCUUCUGCGCUACGAUUCAAAUACUACGACUUCGUAGCAGAACAGCCAGCUGAUCAACCGGACCUGAUAACGCUCUCCAAGUUCCUGCAAAUCACCGCAGCCAGGUGCGGUGACUUCGCACCCGCCGAAAUAAUAGUAAAUGAAGACCGGCGGGAGCCAGCAACGAAGAGAAGCGUGAAAACAUACAUCACGCAGGAGAAACCGACUUCACCGCCGUGUCCGACGUGCAACAGGGAGGGACACGCACCACCCGAUUGCAUCACUGUGAAGAACGCCGAGCCACAAACGAAGAGAUGCAACGUUGGUGGGUGUACACACCUACAUCACCCACUCCUGCACGUCGACACCAUAGAGAAGAAGGACAGCGAGCCCUCCGAUGAUAAAGCAGCCGCAGUCGUCGCGUCUGCGAGAGAAGAUAAGAAGAUCGCAUUCCUCAAGAUAGUGCCGAUACAAGUGAUCGGUCCCAAAGGAACGUGCGAUACAUACGCACUCCUGGACGACGGCGCAACGUGCACCAUCAUCGAAGAAGCAACAGCGAAGCAAAUCGGCGCCACUGGCCCUCCCGCACCCUUCUACAUAGAGGCCGUGGCCGGGACACGUAUAAACGCCGAUGAAUCGAAGCUUGUCCACUUCACAAUACGGGGACGAAGAUCGGAAGAUCAUGCCGUGUCUGCGCGAACCAUGAAGAAACUACUGUUAUCUCCACAAACAGUAUCACGCAGCACAAUAGAAGACUGUCCACACUUGUACGAUAUAAUAGAUCAGCUGACAUAUGAAGAAGGUCAACCGACGGUUCUGCUGGGUCAAGACAACUGGCAUUUGCUGCUCGCACAUGAAGUCAGAAGAGGCAAUAAGACACAACCGGUCGCAUCACUCACCGACCUGGGUUGGGUGUUGCACGGCACGGGAGCGGCGAGAGCGAGACAGCAAGUGCACAGAAUCAGUCACUUAGUCGACGGGCAAGAAAAUGAAGAAUCCAUAGAACGAUUAAUGAAAGAACACUUCGCUCUCGAAUCACUGGGCGUCACACCGAAGCGCUCAUACAAUGAAGAGGAACAACGCGCGCUGAAAAUAUUGCAAGAAAAAACUCGCCCGUUACCGGCGGGAGGCUACGAGACCGCGUUGCUAUGGAAACGCGACAACGCAACGCCGCCGGCUAACUACGACUCAGCAAUGCGACGCCUCGAGUUAAUUGAGAAAAAACUCGACAAGAAUGAAGACAUGAUAGAGAACAGAUAUAAACAGCAAAUUACCACGCUGUUAGAAAGGGGAUAUGCAGAAAUCGCCCCACCGGUGAAGACUGAACGAGUAUGGUACCUGCCACACUUCGCUGUCAUCAACCCACAGAAACCGGACAAGCUGCGCAUCGUGCACGACGCCGCCGCCAAGACAAGGGGCAUUAGUCUCAACGACAUGCUGCUGUCGGGACCCGACCUACUCCAAUCACUACCUGGGGUCCUCAUGAGGUUCCGACAGCGCCGUGUGGCGGUCACAGCGGACAUCAAGGAUAUGUUCAUGCUUGUCACAAUACGAGAAGAAGACCGAGACAUGCAACGGUUUCUAUGGAGAGGAGAUCGACGCCAGGGUCCAGCUGUCGAAUAUAGGAUGAAGAGCGUCAUCUUCGGGGCCACUUCGUCGCCAUGCACGGCGAUAUACGUAAAGAACAAGAACGCCGAACUACAUAAAGAAGAGUUCCCGGAGGCGGCUGCAGCGGUGGUUGUCAAUCACUAUGUUGACGACUACCUCGCUAGCUUCGACACUGAAGAGCAAGCCGUACGAGUCUCAAGCGAGGUCGCCUACAUCCACAGCCGGGCGAACUACUAUCUUCAGCGCUGGGCAUCGAACUCGCGCCAUGUACGAGAAGAGUUCUCACAUAGAAAUGAAGAGAACAUGGUGCAACUCGACGCUGAGAAGAUACUGGGAAUGGUGUGGCGGCCUGAGGAAGACAGUCUCGGGUUCAACUUCAACGGGAACAAACUUCCGUUACAUAUCAUACGAGGCGAACGCACUCCAACGAAGAGAGAAGCCCUCCGCGCCGUUAUGUCGCUGUUCGACCCAUUGGGCCUGGCCACACCCGUCACAAUACAAGCCAAGAAGAUAUUACAAGAAACGUGGCGCACGGGUAUCGGCUGGGACACCGAACUGCAAGAACGGGAAGCAGCAGCGUGGCGGAGCUGGAUAUCGCACGCACAGCAGUUACCCCACUUGGUAAUACCACGGUGUUACCCCGGUGUGGCGACGGCACGUACGACGGAGCUUCACACAUUCGUCGACGCGAGCUCAGAUGCAUACGCCUGUGUCGUAUACUGGCGGGCCGUAUGCGUGACCGGCGAGGUGCGUGUGUCACUCAUCGCAGCCAAGGGAAGAGUGGCCCCUUUGAACAAGGUCACCACUAUACCACGUCUGGAGCUGCAAGCGGCCGUACUAGGGAGCCGCCUGUCACGCACGGCUGUCGAAGAACACGAUCUGAAACCUGCCCGUCGUGUCUACUGGUCGGAUUCGCGUACCGUACUGUCUUGGUUACGCACCGGGCCGCGUGCAUUCAAGCCCUUCGUCGCUCACCGAGUCGCUGAAAUUAUGGAAGAUACGAAAACGAACGAGUGGAGAUGGGUGCCGACGGCCGACAACGUCGCGGAUGAUGCCACACGCGACGUGCCACACCACUUCACUUCAACACACAGAUGGUUCCGGGGGCCGCAGUUUCUAUAUCGACCAGAAGAAGAGUGGCCUCAUGAAGGCGAUUCCCACCAUACGGUAAAUACAAGCGAAGAGCGCGCCCACACAAUACAAGAUGCAACACGAUUAUCUCGAGCGUUGCCCGAUCCCGCGCGAUUCUCCGACUGGAUGAAAAUCGUCCGCAGUACGGCCCGCGUAUUGCAAUUUAUAAAUAAAUUGCGACCACUCAAGCAACACUGCGCCGUCGCUACCCACAAGAGAAACAAAAAACAUGAAGACGAUCCCACGUGGCGAAGCAACAAGAUAAGAAAACCAGAACCGUCGAAAAGAAAAAACGUACGUGCGCCUGUGUGUUAUAUACCCAUAGACACACACUACUUAGAACGCGCCCGUCGGCUAUGGAUCCGCUCAAUACAGGAAGAGGCAUUCAGCAUCGAUAUAGCGGCGUUGCGACGCAAUAAACAACUGUCGUCGAGUAGUCGACUUAUACAGUUGUCCAUUUUCAUCGACGAAGACAAUGUGCUGCGACUCCGCUCAAGGGUGUCGGCUGCCGCCAAUCUGUCCGCGGAGCAACGGGAACCACCCAUAGUCGACGGUCAACAUGUAUGGGUACGCCUGUACAUAGCAUGGGUGCACAGAAAACUUCAUCACGGGGGCUUCGAAACUACUGCGAACGAGGUGCGUCAACACAUGUGGGUGUUGCGCCUACGACAUGCCGUUCGUAGUGAAUUGAAGAGAUGCCAAACGUGCCGCAUCAGGAAAGCAGCACCAGCACAACCAUCAACGGGCAACCACCCACGCAGCAGGCUGGCACAUCAUCAGCGGCCGUUCACCUUCACCGGCCUAGACUACUUCGGGCCGAUGACAGUGACGGUGGGUCGCACGCAUCAGAAGCGGUACGGCGUGCUGUUCACAUGUCUCACCACGAGGGCUGUGCACCUGGAGAUCGCCGGCAGCCUCAGCACCGACUCCGCAGUAAUGGCUCUGCGGCGCUUUAUAAGCCGCCGCGGGUGCCCCACGGAGCUGUGGUCGGACCAAGGCACCAACCUCAAGGGUGCCGACCUCGAGAUGAAGAAAGCAGCCGCUGAAGCCAUGGAAGAAGAGUCGUCGGUGCGCUUUAUACGCUGGCGCUACAUACCACCGAGCGCUCCCUUCAUGGGCGGCGCCUGGGAACGACUAGUGCGCAGCGUGAAAACCGCGCUGGCCGCAACGCUGCAUGAACGAGCCCCGAAAGAAGAAGUCCUUCUCACCCUGCUGGUGGAAGUAGAACACACGCUCAACAGUCGACCUCUCACCCACGUGUCGACAUCAGCAGACGACGAGGACGCACUCACCCCCAACCACUUCCUAUUGGGAGGUCCGUCCCGCGUACCACUGCCGGGAGCUUUCGCUGAGGGCGAUACGGCGGGCAGGAAGGAGUGGCGCGCCAGUCAGUGGCUCGCUGACUGCUUCUGGAGGCGCUGGGUAACCGAAUAUUUACCCCAGCUACAACACCGGCGGGAGCCCCGAGCUACACACGGAGUCAUCAAGUUAGAAGACUUGGUGCUGGUGGCAGACGGCAACUUGCCUCGGAACUCCUGGCCGCGCGGCGUGGUGGUGGCUACGUAUCCGGGACCGGAUGGUGAAAUACGGGCGGUCGACGUGCGCACUAACAAGGGGAUACUUCGGCGACCUACGAAGAAAUUAGUAAUCCUGCCAAUCGAGCAACGCGAACUCGAAUUAAAUACAGCUUAG